AGUUAUUUGUUAUUCUUCUUUUCAAGAUGAAGCCAAAUGCCCAGUGUUCCCAACUGAAGUGGUGUUUGCUCUGGACAUGUCCGAAGGUGUCACAGAGUCAGCAUUUGAGAGGAUGAGGGACAUUUUGCUGUUACUGUUAAGACGGAUGAGCAUCAGCCAAAACAACUGUCCAACUGAUGCCCGGGUGGCCAUUAUCUCAUACAGUACCAAAAUGCAUUACUUGGUCCGCUUCUCGGACUUUCAGAACAAGAACUCACUCCUCCAAGCCAUCAGGAACAUACCUUUGGAACAGUCGGCGGGCCGGAGGGACCUUGGCGCUGCCCUGAGAUUUGUGGCCAGAAAUGUCUUCAAACGCAUUCGCCGGGGCGUCCUCAUGAGGAAGGUCGCCAUCUUCCUGGUGGCGGGCCCGUGCUCUGAUGCCGCUUCCAUCAGCACGGCCAUGCUGGAGUUCAGCGCUUUGGAUGUCAUUCCUGCCGUGAUCACCUUCAGCGACGAUCCCCUCUUACGGCAGGCCUUGUCGAUGGAUAAUACAAAGCUGUAUGUGUGGGAAAAGAAGAAUGAUGAGAAUGUAGAGCUCAUGGCCUCCUGCACUCUUUGCUAUGAUUGGUGCAAAGCUGACAAGGAGUGUGAGAUGACCAGCCCUGGUCUCAUCGAGGUGGACGUGGACAUAGCCUACGUUCUGGACAGCUCCCCCGGGGUCACCCAUGAAGCUUUCAGGGCGGCCCGAAGCCUAGUGGACUCCAUGCUGAAUGACUUGGUCAUUGCUCCGCACCCCAGGCUCUCACCUGCCGGGGCCAGGGCCGCCCUGGUGCAGCAGGGGGUCCCGGGCUUCUCCCCUUAUGAGGACGAGCCCCCCGUCCAGAAGGAGUUUGACCUGCUCACGUACAGCCACCCAGGGCAGAUGCAGAGGCACCUGUGGGAGGCUGUCCGCCAGCUUGGAGGGCCCCCUUACCUGGGCCAUGCCCUGGAGUGGACCAUUGAGAACAUCCUCGAGGAGGCUCCCCUGCCCAGGAAGAACCGGGUCCUCUUGGUGAUGGUGGGCAGCGAGACCAGCCCCGGGGACAGGGAGAAGCUGCGCAGAGUCUCUCUGGAGGCCAAGUGUGAAGGCUUCAUCCUCUUUGCCGUGGCCUUGGGCGCCAGAGCCAAUCUGGAAGAGUCGGCCCUGCUGGCCAGCUACCCUCCGGAGCAGCACCUGCUGUACCUGCCAGAUGUCUCCCCUCUGGGAAUGGAUUACGCCCAGCGCUUCCUCCGGGGCUUCCUGGGCCUUCUGAAAAGUGAGGUGAACCAGUACCCACCUCCCUCACUUCUAGAAGACUGUGAGAGACUCCAUCGAGGGGACAACCGGAGAAAGGCCUCCUUGACGCAGAGGUUCAGGUUCAAUGAGUCAGACUCUGGAAGACGCUGGAAGGCACUUAAGACAAAAGACCUUUCUGCAGGGAUGAGGGCAAAAAUUUCCCACCUCACCCAGACUGACAGAGAUGGCAUAGAAUAUCAUUAUAGACCUGAAAAAAAUCUAAUGGAAGCUCUGCAAAAGACGGAAGAAACUGAAGCUGAGACCACUAACCUUGACCCUUGUUCCAUGACUAAGGAUGCCGGGAUGUGUCAUGACUUUGUCUUGAAGUGGUACUACCAUCAGGACCAGCACAGCUGCCAGCAGUUCUGGUUUGGUGGCUGUGGUGGCAACCAAAAUCAGUUUGAAACCAAGCAAGACUGUGAGUCCCGCUGUGUGCCGUUAGCCCAGAGAUGAGAAAACCAUCCAAGUCCUCCAUGCUGUGCAGAGGCUAGAAGGAAGAGGAGCAGGGUUGACAUUCGGAUGGCAGGUUUCAGAUGAGGUUAAAGGUUUCAAAAUAAAUACCUACUGUAUUUAAGUAAAAAAAUAUGAAAAAAAUCUUGUCUGAUAUUUGUUUAUCCUCAUAUGUGUUUAGCAGUUUGAAGCUUCUAAAGUACUUUUAUAUAUGUUCAGUUCAAGAAACUUAAAUGUACACAAAAAUACUACUUGAGGUGCUGAGAGAAGAUACUAAGUUUAGAGAUUUUAUUCCUGCGCUCAUUGAGCUUACAGAUAUGCAACAAACACUAAUUGUUAUAAAAUAAAACACAUUCUUAUUUCCUCAUCAAAACAGUCCUAUGAGAGAAGCAAGGCAGGCAUUAUUUAGGCCCAUUUUAUAGGUACAAACACGAGAGUUUGCCUAAAUGAUUUAUGCAAGGUCAGACACCUCAUAAGCAGUAGAGCUGGGACUAUAACUUGCAUUUUUGAAUUUCCUGGUCAGUGUUCAUUUUGCUGUCAUUUAUUGGUCCUGCUGUUUUAGUCUUUUCAGAAAUGUAUAUAUGUAAUUAAAAUGAAUAAAAAUGAAAAAGAUAUUUAACAUAUUAAAAAAUUGCAUAUUUCUUACAUAUAUAUUCACCCCAGAAAAUGAAGGAAAAUAAAUAAGAUCUAUGCCAAGCAAUGGAGCCUAAUUAAAAGUUGAGUUAGAAAAUAUUUUUAUGUCUAAUGACUCAAGCAUUAAGAUGUUCCGUUCAGAUGUGGCUCCACAAUAAUGAAUGAUGUCUUGAAUGCAAAGCGUCUUUUAACAAUUUGACAUGAAAAUGAGUUCAUUCUUCAGGAAAUCUUAUGCCGUGGAAUUACUUAUAUUAUUGAAUUCUUUAUAGCUUGACAUGGUUUUUAUGCAUAUAUCAACGAUGGACUGGCAAUACCACUGUACUGUUACAGAAUCCUUGAGUUCAGAGAGUCCUCAGGUCACUACAUCCAUCUAACCUGUGUUCACCUGAGAGUCAUCUUUCUGACUUCUUCCCCAAGGAAAAUCCCUUCUUUUCUUGAAGACCUCUACUGAAAGGAGUUCACUAUCUCCCAAGGAAGCCUUUUCUACUUAUGGAUCAUUCUGAUUAUUAGGAAGAGUGUACUUUUUUCCAUCUGAAAACUGCAUUUCUCCCUAUGGAUUGUCAUAUUUUCUGGGAAUGAGAACUAAUCUAAUUUCUAUUUCUAAUAACAAUCAAUAAUGUUUGCAUUUAUGUUGUUGUUCAUUCAUUUUUCAGUCAUGUCUGACUCUCUGUGGCCCCAUUUGGGAUUUUCUUGGCAGAGAUACUAGAGUGUUUUGCCAUUUCCUUCUCCAGCUCAUUUUACACAUGGGGAAAAUGAGGCAAACUGGUUUAAGUGAGUUGCUCAGGAUUACACAGCUACUAAGUGUCUGAGGCGCAUUUGAACUCUGGAAGAUGAGUCAGCCUGACUCUAGGCCAAGUAUUCUGUGCACUAUGGUGCCUCUAGCGGUCCAUUCUCAUUUACAUAGUGUGCUAAAGUUCUCAAAGAGUUAGUUUUUCGGCUAUCUCACAACCACAAUCUUGUGAAUCAGUUAAUAAUUAUUAUGCCCAUUUUAGAGAUGAAGAAAUAGAGGCUGAUAGAGAUGAUAUGGUUCACAAAACUAGUUAAAUGUUAGGGCUCAUAGUUUUUUUCCAACUAAUCCUCAUGUAGCGUGAACUCCCUGAAAAAAGGGAAUAUGUACUUUUUGGUCUUCCUUUAUGUCCCCAGCCCUUAGCCCCGUGGGGCACACAGUGUGAGAUUCAUAAAUGCUGGUUGCCUUGUCAGGCUCUCUGUCCUGGUCCGAGCUGAUCACCCUUCUCUGAUGUCUGUGACUGUUUUUCAAAGUUCACUACAUGAUCAUCAGUCCCAUCAGCCAGUUGAUCCAGACUCAUCACAUGCUUUCCUCUUAGCCUUUGGUCUCUCAUUGGCCAUUUGUACUGUUUUCAUCACAAUAGAAAGGUGAAUCCCUUGAAAGAGCAGAGAGAAGUAAAACAGGAGUAGUUUUGCCCUCAGUCUCUCUCUUUGCAUUCUCAUUUCUACCCUAUGCAUUUUUCUUCCAAGUUCUCCUUUCCUCUAUGUUGCUUUUUUAAAUUAUCUUUUUAUUAUUUUUUAACAGCCUCAGCUACUCUGGGCUUUAAGACUAAAGGAACAUUGUGUUUGUCACCCAUACUUGUUUUCCUCUGCCAUAUAUUUCUUUUUAAAUUUAAAUUUAUUUUAUUUUUAUUAAAGCUUUUUAUUUACAAAACAUAUGUAUGGAUAGUUUUUCAACACUGACCCUUGCAAAACCUUGUUUUCCCAAUUUCCCCCCUUCCCCGACCCCCUGCCUUAGAUGACAAUUCAAUAUAUGUUAAAUAUGUUAAAAUAUUUUGUUAAAUCCAAUAUAUGUAUACAUGUAUUUAUAUAAUUAUCUUGCUGCAUUAGAAAAACCAAAUUUAAAAAAAUGAGAAAAAAAACAAAAUGCAAUCAAACGACCAUAUAUUUAAAUAUUUAGAUUGGGAAAGUGGCCAAGCUGUGCCAGAUUUAAAACUAUAUUAUAAAGCAGUGAUCAUCAAAACCAUUUGAUACUAGCUAAGAAAUAGAAUAGGUGAUCAGUGGAAUAGGUUAGGUUCACAGGACAAAAAAGUAACUAUAGCAAUCUAAUGUUUGACAAAUCCAAAGACCCCAGCUUUUGGGGUAAGAACUCAUUAUUUGACAAAAACUGCUGGAAAAAUUGGAAACUAGUAUGGCAGAAACUAGGCAUUGACCCACACCUAACACCAUAUGCCAAGUUAAGGUCAAAAUGGGGUCAUGAUUUAGACAUAGAGUGAUAUUAUAAGCAAAUUAGAAGAACAUACCUCUCAGAUCUGUGGAGAAGGAAGGAAUUUGUGUCCAAAGAAGAACUGGAACUCAUCAUUGAACACCAAAUAGAUAAUUUUGAUUAUAUUAAGUUUAAAAGUUUUUGUGCCAACAAAACUAAUGCAGAUAAGAUUAGAAGUGAAGCAAUAAACUGGGAAAACAUUUUUACAUUUAAGGGUUCUGAUAAGUCUCAUUUCUAAAAUAUAUGGAGAAUUGACUCAAUUUUAUAAGAAUUUAAGCCACUUUCCAGUUGAUAAAUGGUCAAAGGAUAUGAACAGACAAUUUUCAAAUGAAGAAAUUAAAACCAUUACUACUCAUAUGAAAAGCUGCUCUAAAUCACUAUUCACCAGAGAAAUGCAAAUUAAGACAACUCUGAGAUACCACUACACACUUCUCAGAUUGGCUAAGAUGAUAGGAAAAAGAUAAUGACGAAUGUUGGAGGGGAUGCGGGAAAACUGGGACACUGAUACAUUGUAGGUGGAACUGUGAAUGCAUCCAACCAUUCUGGAGAGCAAUUUGGAACUAUGCUCAAAAAGUUAUCAAACUGUGCAUACCCUUUGAUCCAGCAGUGUUUCUACUGGGCUUAUACCCCAAAGAGAUUUUAAAGUAGGAAAAGGGAUCUGUAUAUGCAAGAAUGUUUGUGGCAGCCCCUUUUGUAGUGGUUAGAAGCUGGAAACUGACUGGAUGCCCAUCAGUUGGAGAAUGGCUGAAUAAAUUGUGGUAUAUGAAUGUUAUGGAAUAUUAUUGUUCUAUAAGAAAUGACCAGUAGGAUGAUUUCAGAAAGGCCUGGAGAGACUUACAUGAACUGAUGCUGAGUGAAAUGAGCAGGACCAGGAGAUCAUUAUACACGGCAACAACAAGACAGUUCUUAUGGAUGUGGCUCUUUUCAACAAUGAGGUAAUUCAGAUCAGUUCCAAUAAUCUUGUGAUGAAGAGAGCCAUCUGCACCCAGAGGGAGGGCGGUGGGAAAAGUGUGGACCACAAUGUAACAUUUUCAUUCUCUCUAUUGUUAUUUGUAUUUUGUUUUCUUUCUCAGUUUUUCUUUUUCUUCCUUCUUGAUCCAAUUUUUCUUGUGCAGAAAGCUAACUGUAUAAAUAUGUAUAUAUAUGUUGGAUUUAAUAUAUACUUUAACAUAUUUAACAUGUAUUGGACUACUUGCCAUCUAGGGGAGGGAAUGGGGGAGGAAAAGGGAAAAUUUGGAACAGAAGGUUUUGCAAGGAUCUAUGUUGAAAAAUUACCCAUGCAUAUGUUUUGUAAGUAAAAAGCUUUUUUUGUAAAUAAAAAGUUUUUUUAGAUU